UACGGACAAUAUUCCAUAAAUAUAAUGAAUUUAGCUUUGUUUCAGAGUGGAUACACUUUAACCAUAGCAUUGAAAGUUUCACAUCCACAUCCCUGUUCGCCAUUGCGGCAUCAUCUGUGCUUCGGUGAUGAAGAAAACAACCAGGAGGCGGUGUCUAAUCAGAGCACAACAUUAAACAUAUCUGACGUCUGUAUCUCCAUCAUCGCCUCUCAAUGUCCUAAUAACUCUUUGCAUUUCUGUGCCUCUUUGUGCUUUCGUAUUUUUCCCCUUCAAUCCGCGUUUUUCGUCAGUUAACCCGCUUAGCGUCUUUAGGGAUCUGAAGUUUGGCUCAGUUUGCGCAACCGGUGUGAUUGUGUUAACACCAGGGGAUUCAUAUGAGCCUGCCUCCGGUGAUCCGACCGCCGAGCCCCAUCCCGGGGUCGCAAGGCAUUUCCUUCCAAAUCCAGAUCGGGUUAAGCCGGGAACCCGUCCUGCUGGACUCCGGCGAGUUCAGCCUGGCGCAGGUCCGAGAGAUGGCAUGCUCCAUCGUGGACCAAAAGUUCCCAGAAUGUGGCUUCUAUGGGAUGUAUGACAAGAUUCUGCUUUUCCGCCAUGAUCCAAACUCUGAGAACAUUCUGCAGUUGGUGAGGUGCGCAGCAGACAUUAUGGAGGGGGACCUGGUGGAAGUUGUCCUGUCAGCCUCAGCAACUGUGGAGGAUUUUCAGAUCAGACCUCAUUCUUUGUUCGUUCACUCAUAUCGAGCUCCGACGUUCUGCGAUCACUGUGGAGAGAUGCUGUGGGGUUUAGUGAGGCAGGGUCUGAAAUGUGAAGGCUGUGGGCUGAACUACCACAAACGCUGUGCAUUUAAAAUCCCAAACAACUGCAGUGGCAUCCGUAAACGACGACUGUCUAAUGUGUCCCUCACUGGGCUGACCAACACUCGCUCUGUAUCUGCUGAGCCAUCUCCCAGCACCUCUGAUGAGGCUUUACUGUCUCCUGUCAGUCCUAGCAUGGAGCAAAAAACACCGUCAGACAUCUUUCCUGGGAGAGGGCGCUCCAACUCCUACAUAGGUCGGCCAAUAGAGUUAGACAAGAUCCUGCUCUCAAAAGUGAAGGUGCCACACACAUUUGUCAUCCAUUCCUACACGCGCCCCACAGUUUGCCAGCACUGCAAGAAGCUCCUCAAGGGCCUGUUCCGUCAGGGACUACAGUGCAAAGAUUGCAAAUUCAACUGCCAUAAACGAUGUGCACCAAAAGUGCCAAACAACUGCCUUGGAGAGGUGUCAAGAAAUGGAGAUUUGUUGAGUCCUGGUGCUGAAUCAGAUGUGGUCAUGGAGGAGGGCUGCGAUGACCAUGACGGGGAGAGACAUAGUCCACUGAUCGAUGAUAUGGAAGAAUCCCUGGUGGGCGACUCUGCUGCACUUUUGGAAGCUGGACAUGGUGAGCUUGGAGAUUUCCAGGACCAAGACCCAGAUGAAUCCAACAGAAUCAUCAGCCCUUCCACCAGCAACAACAUCCCACUUAUGCGGGUGGUUCAGUCUGUCAAGCACACUAAGAGGAAAAGCAGCAAUGUUGUGAAAGAAGGCUGGCUUGUGCACUUCAACAGCAAAGACACAUUGCGUAAGAGACAUUACUGGCGACUGGACAGCAAGUGUAUUACCCUCUUUCAGAAUGACACUGGAAGCAAAUACUAUAAGGAAAUUCCCUUAUCUGAGGUGCUGUCUUUGGAACCGGCUAAAACAUUCAACCUUCUCCCUGAGGGUGCCAACCCGCAUUGCUUUGAGAUUGCCACAGCAUCUCUGGUGUACUAUGUGGGAGAGAAUCUGUCUCGAGCUGACGGGGGAACAUUGGGCUAUGGAAGCAGUGUGCUUGUUAGCGGUGUGGGACAGGACGUGGCCCGCAUGUGGGAGAUGGCCAUUCAGCAUGCACUUAUGCCUGUCAUCGGCAAGGGCAUAUCUCACGGCAGCCAUCACAGCCACCACAAAGAGGUCUCCAUUAGUAUCUCUGUAUCCAACUGCCAGAUCCAGGAGAACGUGGAUAUUAGCACAGUGUAUCAGAUUUUCCCUGAUGAAGUACUUGGCUCUGGGCAAUUUGGCAUUGUCUAUGGAGGAAAACACAGGAAAACAGGCAGGGAUGUCGCCAUCAAGAUCAUAGAUAAGCUGCGCUUUCCCACCAAGCAGGAGAGCCAGCUGCGCAAUGAGGUUGCCAUUCUGCAGAACCUCCACCAUCCUGGAAUUGUCAACCUUGAGUGCAUGUUUGAGACACCAGAUCGUGUCUUUGUUGUCAUGGAAAAGCUCCAUGGCGACAUGCUGGAGAUGAUACUGUCAAGUGAGAAGGGGAGACUGCCAGAACGCAUCACCAAGUUUCUCGUUACGCAGAUUCUUGUCGCUCUUCGUCACCUUCACUUCAAAAACAUUGUUCACUGUGACCUUAAGCCUGAGAAUGUUUUGUUAGCCUCAGCCGACUCUUUUCCACAAGUGAAGCUGUGUGAUUUUGGUUUUGCACGUAUUAUUGGUGAGAAGUCUUUCAGGCGUUCGGUUGUAGGCACACCGGCGUACCUUGCCCCAGAGGUGCUUCGUAACAAAGGCUACAACCGCUCGCUGGACAUGUGGUCAGUGGGUGUCAUCGUCUAUGUUAGUCUCAGUGGAACUUUCCCCUUUAAUGAGGAUGAAGACAUCCAUGACCAAAUCCAGAAUGCUGCUUUCAUGUACCCACCCAACCCCUGGAAAACAGUGACCCCAGAAGCAAUUGACCUCAUUAAUAACCUCCUGCAAGUCAAGAUGAGGAAGCGCUACAGCGUGGACAAGUCUCUCAGCCAUCCCUGGUUACAGGACUACCAGAUGUGGCUGGACCUGCGGACUCUGGAGUACAAAAUGCAGGAGCGAUAUAUCACCCACGAAAGCGAUGAUUUGCGCUGGGAGCAUUUUGCAGAGCAAAAUGGCCUUCAAUACCCAGAGCACUUAAUCAACCCCCAUGCUGAUGUAAGCGAACAGGCGGAGUCUGAGGAGGCUCUAAUGAGCAUGCUCAGCGACAGAGUCAGUGUGCUGUAAAUUGCUGCCUGUUCCUUUAAGGGCACAAUGGACCUCAAGCCAACUGUAUACUGCCAAAUCAAUACUUCAUUCAACUGUAAAUGCAUAGUCAAAUGUACUGCACAAUGCAUGGUUAACACAUUUUAUUAAACAGUACACUACUGAUCAAGCACAAAUUUCACGAAACACACAGUGCCUAUACCACAAAAGCCAACCUAGCCAAACCUGAUGUGGACAAAACCAUCAUACCCAAAUAUAUAACAAACCAUUUUUAAAAAAAUAACAAAACUCAACUCAAACUUUGUCCUCUGAACAAAUUUAUUUACAGACACCUUUUGUUUCUAAGGCAUCUGUCUGGCUUUGGAGCUUAACCAGAGAAUUAAAAUCAGUAUUAUCUUCUAUUUAACGUUAGCCAUUACCGGGCAUAACGCAGUGCAAAUACACUGUAGUAGAAGUAUUGUUUGUAUAACUCACUAAAAAGUCAAAUGUAUGAGAAAUGUGUUAUAAAAUUAACUUAUAAUGUCUUGGAAAAUUAUUCUGCUCAAGUUGGUUAAUACCGCUACAAUUUUGCGAUGACAUCAGUGCAUUAGUGGUAAUAACCUGAAAACCAUAAAGUAGAGCACAUUUAUAGCUUUUGUGGUUUUGUGUUUAUUGGCUUAUGAAUGCAGUGUGUGUCAGAGGCGUAGCCAGAAACAAGACUUUGGGUGUGCCAAGAGAAAACUAGGUGUGCAAGAACUAAAGCACAAUUAAGUGAAAUAUAAUAAAAUGACCAUUAACAACCACUGCAUCAAUUUCUUUGUGGCUUUUUUUUUUUUAAACUGUGUAGUUUAAAUGACUGAAAAAUAAAUUCAGUGGAGUAAGAAGCCCUGUUAAUAUAUAAAAAUAUAAGGCUUAAUAAUUUGUCCAAAAAAAAAUUUAAAUUUAAAAAAAAAUAAUGUGGAUGGAAUGAUUCAUCAUUAUUUCCCAAAAUAUGCUAAAGACACAAAUAUAAAUGGUUACAAUACAAUUUGCACAAUACAGAAAACAUUAUAAAAACACACCAGGUUAUAGUUACAUUAAUUGGUUUAAAAACUUAACUGUGGAUAAGCAAUAAAUCAGUAAUGCAUUGUGUUGAAUAGAAUAAUGCACAACUGUAAGAAGAUUCUUAAGCGUAUCCUCCAAAUAUUCCACAAUAUGCAUAAUAUAUCAUACUUGGGGAAGAAAAGAGCAACAAUUAUGAACACAUGUCAUUAUGAAUAAUGAGGCAUAAAUCUGAACUCAGUAGCAUAAACUUUCUUAAUUUAAAGUGUGUGCUUGUUUCCUCAGUUAUGCUCCCGGCAUCUGUUGCGAGAGUGCGUGUGUAAACUUAGACAGCCUCUAUAACACAUUAGGUAUAAUUAUAGUAAUUAUAAUUGAUUAUUAAAUGUUGUAAUCGAUGCAUUGAAGUUUAAGAAUAAUAUUGAUGCAUUUUAAACCCCAAGAUACAAAAAAAAAAAAAAAAAAAAUUAUUUAGGUGUGCAAGCUUAAGUUUUGGCAGUUGCUCACCAUGGCACAUCCAUGGCUACGCCACUGGUGUGUGUGUGUUACUUUGGGGGUUGGUUAUGUUAGUGUGCAGUGCAAUUGCAAGACAGCAAAGCAACAAUGCCUGUGGACUGAAGACAUUUUCCUUUUGCUUUCUUCAGAGAUGUCAGACUAAAAGUACAGCUGGCACGCAUAUAGUAUUGUGUUCUCAUGACAGAUCUCAGUGUGUUUCUUUAAUGUUCCCUUUAAGUGAAGAUCUGAAGUGUAACACACCUCUCUAUAUAACUAUGUGCUCACCAGCAGUUCUGUUCAAAAAGGCUGAUUAAAU